AUGCUUUAUAAUAGGCUGGAUUUCCAUAUGAGUGUUUUUAUUUCAUACGAAGAGCUUAAAGAGCUUAACCCAGAAAGCUACAUGCUAAUAUAUUGCCUCCCAAGGUCAAAAAUCCCAGCACAGCAUGUCCCAGGCUCAUUUCUAUUUUAUAUUGAAGAUGAUCCUGAUCUAUUUAUAAAAGAAUCAGCAUCAGUUGAAUUAGACUCAAAUAAAGCAAUAGUCUGUUACGGGACUGGUGACAGAAUGGAAUAUUCCUGCAAAGCUUAUUGAGGCUUCCGAGCAGCAGGGGCUACUAACAUUCACGUGCUGUUAGGAGGUUUUAAGCUUUUCAAAAAUACAAAUAUAGAACUCUCUGAUGGCGCUCCCCCACUGCUAAAGAAACGGACUGGGAAUAAAUUGCAGUUUGACAGAAAUUUAGUUAUGACAAGUCAGGAUUUUUUAAAAAAACAAGUAAUUUACCAUCAAAUUUUUUACUUGGAUGCUGUGCCUUUUAAUAUGAUUGAUAUCAGAGGAAAUAUAUACUUUUUAAGGUAAAAUGAGCCUAAUAUUUAAUUAAUUUUGAAAAAAAUUAAUUUUUGUCAAGAAGCAUACUAACGCAAAACCAGGUGUCACAAAAUUUAUCACAGCGAGGGUUUUCUAUUAUACCAGAUAGGGCUGCGAUUGUGCAUGGAGCCAUGGCUGGACUGCUUGCACUAUUAUUGAAAUAUUUAGACUAUGAGUCUGUAGCAAUUGUAAUUGGAGAUACAAAAACUAUCACAGAAAAAGCGGAAACUAGCAGGCUAACUUAUUCAGCCCAUGAAGGCCAGAAAAACAACGAUUCAAGCUUAGUUUCAAAGUCAUUUUUAGGGAUUGAUAUAUCUCACUAUACAACUCAGCUGCCAGAAUCAGAGAAAAUACAAGAAUCAGGGAGAACAGAGCAUACUUGUUAUUGCACAGUCAUGUAA